ACACCCUCGUCGAUUACUCAAACCUUACUCUGGUUAGGGUUUGAGUCAUCGACGGGAGCGUUCGAGCUUUGGCAUCGAAGACGACGACCACGACGAGUGAGGUGUUCGAGCUCGAUCGAAUCGAUCGAAACAUAGCAACGAGAACGUUAUAUAUGGUGACCAGUUUGCACAUGUCAGAAGUGAGGAGCGUCUGUUUGAAUAGUUGUAGCUGUUAGGUCAAAUUCAGUCUUUGUGCUCGUCUUCUUGUCCAGUAUUGAUGGGUUUUCUGGUGGCAGUGGUCUCUCGAAGGAGGUUGGGAAGAAGGAAACCUUGUGAUAGUAGAGAGGAAGAUUUUCGGUAGUUCUUGUAUUAAAGAAGAUGCAGCCUGAACGAGCUUGUCGUCUGUCCAGAUUGGUUCGCACAUUUCAUCAUGAGGUGGACUGUGUUGAAGAUUUUUCCUCUGUGACCGAACAUGGGAUCCCUUGAGGAGGCGGGUUCGAUGAAUGGCGGUUCUGCAAACGUCGAAGGGAAUGGUGCGUCUUUGCGCGAAUCGAAUGGUGAUGGGGUCAUCGGAGACACGCUCAUGGAGGUCGAGGAAGAAGAGAAAGUGAAGCCAGGCCUAAAAGAGCCGAAAACCAAUGGUCGCGUGAUGGCUCCUCCAUCAGCAACAUUCUGUCAAGAGAAUGGCAACGACAAUAAUUCCAAGAGAAGGAAGCCUCCUCUACCCCUCGAAGUUGGCACUCGCGUUCUGUGUCGCUGGAGGGAUGACAAGUUGCAUCCUGUCAAGGUCAUUGAGCGGCGCAAGCUCACCAGCGGGCCGGACGACUAUCAAUAUUACGUGCACUAUACAGAGUUUAACAGAAGGCUGGAUGAAUGGGUACGGCUGGAUCAAUUGGAGCUGGAUUCAGUUGAGACAGACGCGGACGAAAAGGUGGAGGAGAAGGCUGGUAACCUCAAGAUGACUCGACAUCAAAAGCGGAAGAUCGACGAGACACAUGUUGAAGAGGGUCAUGAGGAUUUCGAUGCUGCAAGUCUUCGGGAGCAUGAAGAGUUUACUAAGGUGAAAAACAUAAGCAAAAUUGAGCUUGGACGGUACGAGAUAGAUACGUGGUAUUUCUCUCCGUUCCCGCCGGAAUACAGCGACUGCAACAAGCUUUUUUUUUGCGAAUUCUGUUUGUCCUUCAUGAAACGAAAGGAGCAGCUGGGACGACACAUGAGAAAGUGUGACUUGAAGCAUCCGCCCGGGGACGAGAUAUACCGGAAUGGAUCUUUGUCUAUGUUCGAGGUGGAUGGCAAGAAGAACAAGAUUUAUGGACAAAAUUUGUGUUAUCUUGCCAAGCUGUUUUUGGAUCAUAAGACCUUGUACUACGACGUUGAUCUCUUUCUGUUUUACAUACUCUGCGAGUGUGAUGAUCGGGGAUGUCACAUGGUUGGCUAUUUUUCGAAGGAAAAGCACUCCGAAGAAGGUUACAAUCUCGCUUGUAUUCUCACUCUCCCCCCAUAUCAAAGGAAGGGGUACGGGAAGUUUCUGAUUGCAUUUUCGUACGAACUUUCCAAAAAGGAGGGGAAGGUCGGCACGCCUGAGCGUCCUCUGUCUGACUUGGGUUUGCUAAGUUACAGGGGCUAUUGGACCAGAAUUCUUCUGGACAUUCUGAAAAAGCAUCGCGGAAAUGUUUCAAUAAAGGAGUUGAGUGACAUGACGGCUAUCAAAACAGAGGAUGUCAUCAGUACCUUGCAGUCCCUUGAGCUUAUCCAGUAUCGAAAGGGACAGCACGUGAUAUGUGCAGACCCAAAGCUACUUGAACGACACUUGAAAGCUGCAGGAAGAGGCGGUCUGGAUGUCGAUGCCUCGAAACUUAUAUGGACCCCUUACAAGGAGCAAGGAAACUAGACUACUCAGCAUCGCUUGUAUAGAAAACGUUGGUCUCCCUUCGAAGUAUAGUACAAGUAACGAAGGCACAGCACUAAAAUUUAUAGGGUUGACCAGAAGUAAAGUUCUUGUUGUAGUUCUUGUAUAAAGUAGCCCACGGUGUUCACUCUGACUCGUUCCCUCUGUACGGGUUGGUUGUUGUUGCUCCAGAAAAAUAGUCAAAAUCUGGCUGCUAUACACCAUGCCCGAGUAGGAUUUUAAUUAUAGAAGCAGAGCUUUGUUUUCUCCUGUGCUCAAAGAUUACCUGCAAAUGGCCUGGUUUGAGUGUCACCGAUGUAGAUUAUUAUGCGAUCGUGAGUAUACUUCAGGCAAGUUUACAUGUAAAGUCAGAGAAAUGGGGUUUGUGAUGUCAUGAGUUGUUACUUACGACCAUUGCUCCAAGCUAUCAUUAGGGGAGGUCUUGUCACUUUACCUGCCCUACACUCUUUCUUCGUAAUCCGUGAUA